GCCGUCACUUGUAAGUCGUAGGUCACAGCGAGCGAAGCAGUAUGGCUGUUCUGUUAAGGGUCUCGCGUUGCCUAAUGGGAAAGUGGCAUAACCAUGUCAACGCGGUGCAGGUAUCUAUCAGGUCCAUGGCUUCUAAAACACAGGUGGGCUUCAUUGGCCUGGGGAAUAUGGGAAACCCAAUGGCAAAAAACCUCAUGAAACAUGGAUAUCCAGUGAUAGCCUCGGAUGUAUUUCCAGAGUCCUGCAAAGAGCUACAGGAACUUGGAGCUCAGAUUCUGGACAACCCUGCAGAUGUGGCAGACAAGGCAGAUCGCAUCAUAACAAUGCUUCCAUCUAGCCCUAAUGUUAUAGAUGUGUAUACAGGCCCAAAUGGCAUUCUGAAGAAAGUGAAAAAAGGAUCUCUCCUCAUUGAUUCCAGCACUAUUGAUCCAGCUGUGUCCAAGGAGAUGGCAGUUGCCGCAGAGAAAAUGGGGGCUGUGUUCAUGGAUGCCCCAGUGUCUGGAGGUGUUGGUGCUGCUACUUCUGGUAAGCUCACCUUUAUGGUGGGUGGGCCUGAGGCCGAGUUCAACGCGGCCAAGGAGCUUCUGACCUGUAUGGGCGCCAAUGUUGUUUACUGUGGCCAGGUCGGCACAGGGCAGGCAGCUAAAAUCUGCAACAACAUGCUGCUGGCCAUUGGGAUGAUUGGAACAGCAGAGACCAUGAACUUGGGCAUCAGAUUAGGGCUUGACCCAAAACUUCUAGCCAAGAUAUUGAACAUGAGUUCUGGGAGAUGUUGGUCAAGCGAUACAUACAACCCUGUCCCGGGUGUGAUGGAGGGAGUGCCCUCAGCAAACAACUAUCAAGGCGGCUUUGGAACUACACUAAUGGCUAAGGAUCUUGGACUUGCACAGAAUACAGCAACCAACACAAAGACACCAGUGCCGCUGGGCUCUCUUGCCCAUCAGAUUUACCGAAUGAUGUGCGCACGUGGCUAUGCCAGCAAAGACUUCUCCUCUGUCUUCCAGUUCCUUCGUGAUGAGGAGGGACAAUAGAUGUCAACCCUCUGUGCCCCUUUCACAGCCUUACACAGCACUGCCUGCCUUGCACAUGACCUGUCUUUUGAAAAAAUUGACCAGUGUGAUACGUUUGGCAUCAAUGUGCAGGGAGACUGAAUUGAUGAAUGAAUGCACGUGUCUGUACGAGAGAGAGCAUGUGUUUAGGGUUUAUUUGACAGGCCACGAUCCCCGAUGUUACACGUGUAGUAAUCCACCAAUCAAUUUACAUGCUGUGAAUUUUUAGACUUAUUUUUCUGACUGUUUUUGCCUUUGAGGGUGUUCUGUAGACUAACAAUAUGUUACUAUGAUGAUAAUGCAUCAUAAUAGUUUUUUGUCAUAAUAAUGUUUUAUUUCAUCUUCACGAACCACAAACACCUGACCAGACCAGCAGUUUCACUUCUUUAAAACUCUUCUAUUAGUAAAACUCACUUUUUAAAAUGUUAAUGUGGGUGUCUUGUGAGUCGCAGUUCAGACUGAAUGGUCAACAUGUCAUAUUCAUGUAAAAAAAAAUAAGUAGAAAUUAAAGGACAGGAGAAAUCUGAA